UUCCGAUGCCAUCGUCUAGUCUGAAAAUUGGAACUAUUAGCGGAAUAGCAGCAGGUUGUUUGAUCGCAGUAAUUGUGUUUGUCAUACUCGGAGUUCUUCUAAUGAGAAGACUAAGAAACACAGCCAAGGAAAACUCAUCAAAUGAAAUGGUGGUACUACCGAACAGGGAAGAACAAUCAAAAAGUGUUACCAAUGUGUAUUCAAAUGUUAGCUUUGAUAAAGAUGAUGUGCCAGAUGUGGACAACACCUAUAUGGUUAUGGGUAUUGAAGACAACCACAACGAGUACUACAAUGUUAACUGCUUACCUGUAGCUACAGGAAUUGAAGUUGGCAAGCUGGCUGCAAUCGUUGCCAAAACAUCGGAAGAAGACUUUUUAAAAGAAUUUAAUGAACUGCCUGCUGGUUUUACCACUACAUACGAGGAGUCACAGAAACCCGAAAAUAGACUGAAGAACAAAUUUCAGGGAUAUUAUCCUUAUGACCACAACAGAGUUCCAUUGGAAUUACUUCCAGAAAUUCCAUGUUCUGAUUACAUCAAUGCCAGUUUUAUUUCGGGCUGUGUAACAGAGAAGAGGUAUAUUGCAGCUCAAGCACCAAAGGAUAUAACUUUGUUGGAUUUUUGGAGAAUGAUUUGGCAAGAAGGCUGCCAUACCAUUGUUAUUCUUACAAACCUGGUUGAAAUGGGCAAGCAAAAAUGUCUUCAAUACUGGCCAGAGACGACAGUGCGGGAGUAUGGUGAUAUCAAGGUGACCUUGGAUGAACAAAUAGAAAAAACUUUUUACACAAUGCGUCUGCUUAAGGCCGUUCAUAAAAAGACAGAUGAAGAGAGACUGAUAAAGCAGUUUCAUUUCACCUCUUGGCCUGAUCAUGGGACUCCAGAUACUAUGAAUCUCAUUGAAUUUAUGUGGCUUGUCAAAUCUUGGGACAAAUCCAGAAGUGGUCCCAUGCUUGUUCACUGCAGUGCAGGGAUUGGUAGAACAGGUUCUUAUAUAUCAAUUGACACCUUAAUCGAUGAAGGUCAGAAAACUGGAAAGGCUGAUGUGAAACGUUUUGUCACUCAGCUAAGAGGUGAAAGGAAAAAUAUGAUACAAACAGUG